AGAGCCGUUUAAAAAUGACUUUACAACUGUUUCCUUUGGAGCUGUGACUUCUUUAGCUGGAAUGUGAUCCCGAACAGUUUCCCUUUGAGUCUCACAUUUGCCUUGAGCAGUUUUCUUGUCUCGCUUCUCCCACAGCCCAUCUCACUUCUUCCCUCCCUGUCUUCGACAGAUUUACACUGACUGGGCCAACCACUACCUGGCAAAAUCUGGCCACAAGCGGCUGAUUAAGGAUUUGCAGCAGGACAUUGCGGACGGGGUCCUUCUGGCUGAGAUCAUCCAGAUCAUUGCAAAUGAGAAAGUGGAAGAUAUCAAUGGAUGUCCUAGAAGUCAGUCUCAGAUGAUUGAAAAUGUUGAGGUCUGCCUUAGUUUUCUAGCAGCCCGAGGAGUGAAUGUCCAAGGCCUAUCGGCUGAAGAAAUAAGAAAUGGAAACUUAAAAGCCAUUCUAGGACUGUUUUUCAGUUUAUCUCGAUACAAGCAGCAACAGCACCAUCAACAGCAGUAUUACCAGUCCCUGGUGGAGCUUCAACAGCGAGUGACUCACACUGCUCCUCAGUCGGAAGCCAGUCAGGUCAAAACCCAGCAAGAUAUGCAGUCUAGUCUGACAGCCAGAUAUGCAGCUCAGUGUAAUCACAGUGGAAUUGCAACCAGUCAGAAAAAGCCUACUAGGCUUCCAGGGCCCUCUAGGGUGCCAGCUGCUAGCAGCAGCAACAAGGCUCAAGGAGCCUCCAAUCUGAAUAGGAGAAGUCAGAGCUUUAACAGCAUUGACAAAAACAAGCCUCCAAAUUAUGCAAAUGGAAAUGAAAAAGAUUCUUCUAAAGGACCUCAACCAUCUUCAGGUAUUAAUGGAAAUACACAGCCUCCCAGUACAUCUGGGCAACCCCCAGCCUCUGCCAUCCCUUCCCCAAGUGCCAGCAAGCCCUGGCGCAGCAAGUCCAUGAAUGUCAAGCACAGUGCCACUUCCACCAUGCUGACAGUGAAGCAGUCGAGCCCAGCCACCUCCCCCACUCCAUCUUCAGACAGACUGAAGCCCCCUGUCACAGAAGGGGUCAAAAGUGCUCCCUCGGGACAGAAAUCUAUGCUUGAAAAAUUCAAGCUGGUUAACGCCCGGACUGCAUUGCGUCCCCCUCAGUCUCCCAGUUCAGGACCUAGUGAUGGUGGGAAGGAUGACGAUGCCUGCUCUGAAUCUGGAGAAAUGGAAGGUUUUAAUAGUGGUCUGAAUAGCGGCGGCUCAACAAACAGCAGUCCCAAAGUGUCACCUAAAUUGGCUCCUCCAAAAGCAGGAAGCAAAAAUUUCAGCAAUAAAAAGUCUUUGUUGCAGCCAAAAGAAAAGGAAGACAAGAGCAGGGACAAAAAUAAAGCCUGCACCGAAAAGUCGGGAAAGGAAGAGAAGGACCAGGUGACAGAGACAGCUCCUAAAAAGACUUCUAAAAUCGCAAGCUUGAUCCCAAAGGGCAGCAAGACUGCGGCAGCCAAGAAAGAAAGCUUAAUUCCAUCAUCCAGUGGGAUUCCAAAGCCAGGCUCUAAGGUACCCACGGCAAAGCAAACUAUUUCACCUGGCAGUGCAGCAAGCAAAGAGUCUGAGAAAUUCAGGACUACCAAGGGAAGCCCUUCUCAGGCCUUCCCCAAGCCCAUCACCUCGGAGAAAGCAAGCACACAAGGCCUCUCUGCUCCUCAGGAGGGGAGGGAAGCUGGCCAUGCAUCUCCGUCUAGCUCCUGUGCUAUGCAGGUGGCACACAGCAGUGGACAGAGCACUGGCAAUGGAGCUGUCCAGCUCCCCCAGCAACAGCAGCACAGUCAUCCCAACACAGCCACGGUGGCUCCUUUCAUUUACAGAGCACAUUCAGAAAAUGAAGGCACCUCUUUACCAUCUGCUGACUCCUGUACCAGCCCCACAAAGAUGGACUCUUCAUAUAAUAAGACGGCUAAGCAGUGCCUAGAAGAGAUAUCUGGUGAAGACCCUGAAACUAGAAGAAUGCGCACAGUCAAGAACAUAGCAGAUCUGAGGCAGAACUUGGAAGAGACGAUGUCUAGUCUUCGUGGGACCCAGAUAAGCCACAGCACCCUGGAGACAACGUUUGAUACUACGGUGACAACUGAAGUAAAUGGAAGGACCAUCCCCAACCUGACAAGCAGACCAACUCCCAUGACCUGGAGACUGGGGCAGGCAUGUCCUCGUCUUCAGGCUGGGGAUGCCCCUUCCAUGGGUGCUGGAUAUCCUCGAAGUGGUACCAGCCGAUUCAUCCACACAGAUCCGUCCAGGUUCAUGUACACAACACCUCUCCGGAGAGCUGCUGUCUCUCGUUUGGGAAACAUGUCACAAAUAGAUAUGAGUGAGAAAGCAAGCAGUGACAUGGACAUGUCUUCUGAAGUGGAUGUUGGUGGAUACAUGAGUGAUGGUGAUAUCCUUGGGAAGAGUCUGAGAGCUGAUGACAUCAACAGUGGAUACAUGACAGAUGGUGGGCUCAACCUAUAUACUAGAAGUCUGAACCGAGUACCAGACACAGCAACUUCCAGGGAUAUCAUCCAGCGAGGAGUUCAUGAUGUGACAGUGGAUGCAGACAGCUGGGAUGACAGCAGUUCAGUGAGCAGUGGUCUCAGUGAUACCCUUGAUAAUAUCAGCACAGAUGACCUGAACACCACAUCCUCUAUCAGCUCUUACUCCAAUAUCACUGUCCCCUCCAGGAAGAACACUCAGCUGAAAACAGAUGCAGAGAAACGGUCAACAGCUGAUGAGACCUGGGACAGUCCAGAGGAGCUGAAGAAGACUGAAGAGGAUUUUGACAGCCAUGGUGAUGGAGGUGCCAAGUGGAAGGGUGCUAGUUCUGGACUUGCUGAAGACUCAGAGAAGACAGGGCAGAAAGCAGGCCUGUCUGUGUCUCAGACUGGUUCCUGGAGGAGAGGCAUGUCUGCCCAAGGAGGAACACCAGCUAGGCAGAAAACCGGGGCGAGUGCACUCAAGACCCCAGGGAAGACAGAUGAUGCCAAAGCUUCAGAGAAAGGGAAAACACCCCUGAAAGGAUCAUCAUCCUUGCAGAGAUCCCCUUCAGAUGCAGGGAAAAGCAGUGGGGAUGAAGGGAAAAAGCCACCCUCAGGCAUUGGAAGAUCAUCAGCCAGCAAUUCUUUUGGAUAUAAGAAGACAAGUGGUGUUGGAUCCUCUACUAUGAUUACCAGCAGUGGUGCCACCAUAACCAGUGGCUCAGCUACACUGGGGAAGAUCCCCAAAUCGGCUGCCAUUGGUGGGAAGUCAAAUGCAGGAAGGAAAACCAGCCUAGAUGGGUCUCAGAAUCAAGAUGAUGUUGUCCUGCAUGUGAGCUCCAAGACCAGCCUCCAGUACCGCAGCUUACCUCGCCCUUCCAAGUCCAGCACCAGUGGUAUCCCUGGGAGAGGUGGCCACAGAUCCAGCACUAGCAGCAUUGAUUCCAAUGUCAGCAGCAAGUCAGCUGGGGCCACCACCUCCAAACUGAGAGAACCUACUAAGAUCGGCUCAGGACGCUCGAGUCCAGUCACUGUCAACCAAACAGACAAAGAGAAGGAGAAAGUAGCAGUCUCAGAUUCAGAGAGUGUUUCUUUGUCAGGUUCCCCCAAAUCCAGCCCCACCUCUGCCAGUGCCUGUGGUACACAAGGGCUCAGACAGCCAGGGUCCAAAUAUCCAGAUAUUGCCUCACCUACGUUUCGAAGGUUGUUUGGUGCCAAGGCAGGUGGCAAAUCUGCCGCUGCACCUAAUACUGAGGGUGUGAAAUCCUCCUCAGUAUUGCCCAGCCCUAGUACCUCAUUAGCGCGACAAGGCAGUCUGGAGUCACCGUCGUCUGGUACGGGCAGCAUGGGCAGUGCUGGUGGGCUGAGCGGCAACAGCAGCCCUCUCUUCAAUAAGCCCUCAGACCUAACUACAGAUGUUAUAAGCUUAAGUCACUCCUUGGCUUCCAGCCCAGCAUCGGUUCACUCUUUCACAUCGGGUGGUCUUGUGUGGGCUGCCAAUCUGAGCAGUUCCUCUGCCGGCAGCAAGGACACUCCGAGUUACCAGUCCAUGACUAGUCUCCAUACGAGCUCUGAGUCAAUUGACCUGCCCCUCAGCCAUCAUGGCUCGCUGUCUGGACUGACCACAGGCACUCACGAGGUGCAGAGCCUGCUCACGAGAACGGGUAGUGUGAGAUCUACUCUCUCAGAAAGCAUGCAGCUUGACAGAAAUACACUACCCAAAAAGGGACUAAGAUACACCCCAUCAUCUCGGCAGGCCAACCAAGAAGAAGGCAAAGAGUGGCUGCGAUCCCAUUCUACUGGAGGGCUGCAGGAUACUGGCAACCAGUCGCCUCUGGUCUCACCUUCUGCCAUGUCAUCUUCAGCCACAGGAAAAUACCACUUUUCCAACUUGGUGAGUCCCACAAACCUUUCACAAUUUAACCUUCCUGGGCCCAGUAUGAUGCGCUCCAACAGCAUUCCCGCCCAAGACUCCUCCUUUGACCUGUAUGAUGACGCCCAGCUCUGUGGUAGUGCCACUUCUCUGGAAGAAAGGCCACGUGCUAUCAGCCAUUCAGGCUCAUUCAGAGACAGCAUGGAGGAAGUUCAUGGCUCUUCACUGUCAUUGGUCUCUAGCACAUCUUCUCUUUACUCUACGGCUGAAGAAAAGGCUCAUUCGGAGCAAAUCCACAAGCUACGGAGAGAACUCGUUGCAUCCCAGGAGAAAGUUGCUACCCUCACAUCUCAGCUGUCAGCAAAUGCUCACCUUGUAGCAGCUUUUGAAAAGAGUUUAGGGAAUAUGACUGGCCGAUUGCAGAGUCUGACCAUGACAGCAGAACAAAAGGAAUCUGAACUUAUAGAACUACGGGAAACCAUUGAAAUGCUGAAAGCCCAGAACUCUGCUGCCCAGGCGGCCAUUCAGGGUGCGCUGAAUGGCCCAGACCACCCUCCCAAAGAUCUCCGCAUCAGAAGGCAGCAUUCCUCCGAAAGUGUUUCUAGUAUCAACAGUGCCACAAGCCACUCCAGCAUUGGCAGUGGUAAUGAUGCUGACUCCAAGAAAAAGAAAAAGAAAAACUGGUUUGUACUGUCAGCAGGAUAUGACUUGAUUGUAGCGCUAAAGUGGCCAUUUAAAACAAAUUGCCUUGAAGAGAGAAGCCUUGGGAACAGAGAUCCCUUCAAGCUGAGAAGCUCUUUCAAACAAGCCUUUGGGAAGAAAAAGUCCACCAAGCCACCUUCCUCACAUUCGGAUAUUGAAGAGCUGACAGAUUCAUCUCUGCCAGCAUCCCCCAAGCUACCCCACAAUGCUGGUGACUGUGGCUCCACAUCCAUGAAGCCCUCCCAGUCGGCCUCAGCGAUCUGUGAAUGCACGGAGGCUGAGGCAGAGAUUAUUCUACAGCUGAAGAGCGAGCUCAGAGAAAAGGAAUUAAAAUUAACGGAUAUAAGACUGGAGGCCCUCAGCUCAGCCCAUCAUCUUGAUCAGAUCCGGGAAGCCAUGAACCGGAUGCAGAAUGAAAUUGAAAUACUGAAAGCUGAAAAUGACCGGUUGAAGGCGGAGACUGGUAACACAGCUAAACCUGCUCGGCCUCCAUCGGAGUCUUCAAGCACGGCCUCUUCCUCUUCCUCUCGCCAGUCCUUAGGGCUUUCACUCAACAACCUGAACAUCACAGAGUCGGUUACCUCAGAUAUUUUGCUAGAUGACACUGGUGAUGCAACUGGACAUAAGGAUGGCCGCAGUGUGAAAAUUAUAGUCUCCAUAAGCAAGGGCUAUGGUCGAGCAAAGGACCAGAAGACUCAGGCAUAUUUGAUAGGAUCCAUUGGUGUUAGCGGCAAAACCAAAUGGGAUGUCUUAGAUGGUGUCAUUAGGCGUCUGUUUAAGGAAUAUGUGUUCCGAAUUGAUAACUCCUCUAGUCUUGGUCUGAGCUCUGACUGUAUUGCUAGCUACUGUAUAGGAGAUUUAAUUAGAUCUCAUAACCUAGAAGUGCCUGAACUUCUACCUUGUGGAUACCUGGUUGGAGAUAAUAAUAUCAUCACUGUGAACCUGAAAGGGGUAGAAGAAAAUAGUCUGGACAGUUUUGUUUUUGAUACACUGAUCCCUAAACCAAUUACCCAAAGGUACUUUAACUUGCUGAUGGAGCACCACAGAAUUAUACUCUCAGGACCAAGUGGUACUGGAAAGACCUAUUUAGCAAACAAACUUGCAGAAUAUGUAAUAGCCAAAUCUGGGAGGAAAAAAACUGAGGAUGCAAUUGCUACCUUUAAUGUGGACCACAAGUCAAGUAAGGAAUUGCAGCAGUAUCUUGCCAACCUGGCUGAGCAAUGCAGUGCUGACAAUAAUGGUGUGGAGCUCCCUGUUGUCAUAAUUCUAGAUAAUCUUCACCACGUGGGCUCUUUGAGUGAUAUCUUCAAUGGUUUCCUCAACUGUAAAUACAACAAAUGUCCUUAUAUUAUUGGAACAAUGAAUCAGGGAGUCUCUUCAUCACCAAAUUUAGAGCUACAUCACAAUUUCAGGUGGGUAUUAUGUGCAAACCAUACAGAACCAGUGAAAGGCUUUUUAGGCAGGUAUCUUCGAAGGAAACUGAUAGAGAUGGAAAUUGAAAGGAAUAUACGCAAUAAUGACUUAGUCAAAAUCAUUGAUUGGAUUCCUAAGACAUGGCAUCAUCUCAAUAGCUUUUUGGAAACACAUAGUUCUUCUGAUGUCACCAUUGGUCCUCGGCUUUUCCUUCCAUGCCCCAUGGAUGUGGAAGGUUCUAGGGUGUGGUUCAUGGACCUUUGGAAUUAUUCCUUGGUACCUUACAUUCUGGAGGCAGUGAGAGAAGGCCUUCAGAUGUAUGGGAAGCGUGCACCAUGGGAAGAUCCGUCUAAGUGGGUGCUUGAAACCUACCCGUGGAACCCCAUAUCCCUGCCUCAGGAGGGCCCAGCAUUACUGCAGUUGAGACCGGAAGAUGUUGGCUAUGAGGGCUGCACAACUUCGAAGGAAGCCACAACGUCAAAGCACAUUCCCCAGACUGACACGGAAGGGGACCCCUUGAUGAAUAUGCUAAUGAAACUCCAGGAAGCAGCCAACUACUCGGGCACACAAAGCUGUGACAGCGAUAGCAUUCACCACCGCGAAGACAUUUUGGAUUCCUCUCUUGAAUCCACCCUCUAAUGGAUGAAAAGAGUUAGGCAAAGGACAAUGCUGUUCAAAGAUGUUUUAAAAGAAAGGUAUUGUCACUAAACCACUGCCAGUAUGAAAGUCCCCUGUCCAGGGCCCUGACCCUGAGUCCAGAAUUGUGGCCUCCAAGGAGGCAGCAGAAUUAAGUUGGAACUGCCAGGAUGCUAAAUUGAAAUUGGAGCUUAGUUUAUUUUAUCCCUAGGCAUUUUGAUAACCAUGGAGUUAGCGAAGGCUCCAUUAUGUGACUGGGAAGGUCCCUAACAAUGGGCAACUGAGUAGAUUUCACAUGGGAUAGCAGGCCAGACUUUAUUUUCUUCCUCUUUCAAAGUUUACAAUACAGGACUUUUUUUUUUCCCCUUUCUUUUUUGUGCCUUUCUUUUGUUUCCUCUGAGGGGCUGCCCUCCUCAGGAAGGUCCAUUCUUCUGAUCCAUGCAACCGCCUUUGUACCACAUGGUGCUGGUGACAGGGCUCCAGUAGUGUCUGUGUUGUGUGCUCACUCCAUUGCAGAAUGAAUCUGAGGCCAGUCCUCUCUGUAAGCACAAAGGGAAUUGUGCAACCACCAGAAAAACACUACUGUGGCAAAUGGGAAGGGCCAGGUUCCUUCUAGCCAUUGUGCUCUCCUGAGGUGUGCUACCCUCCUCUUAGUGUUUGAGUCAUGGGUUUUAUAAGGUUGUUUUUACCACAGUGGUCUUUUCAAACCACCUGCCCACUCCCUGAACCCAAGUUUUAUACCAAUUAUUAGUCAACACUGACAAAAGGCUUUUUUAGGGCUUUGUUUGCGCCUUUUCAGUGAAAGAAGGAACAUUUUCUAUGGUGCUGUCUCACUGCCUUAAAACAGAUUUCUCCAACAGUUUAACAGUUGGUUUCAAUCCUCAACCAUUGCUAAUUCCCACUGUCUCUUCAUUUACAACCAAGCAACACACCAGUUAAUACAGCAGCCUCAUUCCUAUAGAUUUUUUUUUAAAAAAAAUUUAUUUUUCUUGAAGAAAUGGAUAGGAGAAAGAUCAGUAUUUUUAUCUUAUGAAUAAAGAGAUUUCUUUGCCUAUCCUGAAAAUCAUUGGAGAACCCUAGAACCCCUCUGUGACCAUCACUUCAAAGCAGAGACAUGUGGCUUCCUCCCACUCAGUUCUAAAUGAAAGCAUUUUAGAAGGUGGGAGAUGUCUAAUUCGGGUCCAGAUGAACUCCAAGAACUGGAUUCAGCACGAGCACAACUAUUUGGCUUUCCUUCCCUUGUCCUUACCUUUCAAAGACAAACGUUAGUUUUGACGCAUGUUGUUUUGAUCACUAUUGUUGUACAUGAGACAUUCAGCAUUAAAGAACACUAAUGCAGUCAGUCACUGUGGAAGAGGAAGCAUUUAUACUGUACAAGAAGGUUAGAUUUGCACAGUCUACUGGGUAGGUAUUGUAAAUAAUGAUUUUUCUUUUCAAACUUGCACAAAAAUCAAAACAAACACAAACAAAAUUGUAUUUUAUCCUGUUGGUGUUAAGAGGUGUUCCACUUGCUGAGAUUUCCUGUAUGUUGCAAACAAAUACAGAAUGCAACCCCUCAAAGCUGUUAUUAUCUGGUGUGUUUGUCCUGUACUUACAAGUUGUUGUGACAAUGCAGGAGCUAUCUGUCCUAGAGUGAGCAUGCUUCCGAACUAUACACGAGGCCAGUACAUUUUUGAAUAAGUAACUGUCUGAAAGUACAUCUCUUGUGGCAGGCAAAAAGACAGUGCCUGAAAACUAAUCAGUCACUGGCAAAGUUACACCACCCACAGAGGACGGGUUCAAAGUUUAUUAAGGUCUAUGCCAUGGUAUAGAAGAAACUCUGUGCGCCUUUUGGGACAUGUUAUUGGUGCUAUCCUCUGUGACCAUCGAUGGGUUGGUUUCUCUAGAACAAUAUUAACAACACAAGGUAUCUCUGCAGAUUUCAGAGUGUCACUAAGUGUGUAGGUCCUUAUACGGUGCUAUUGCCCGGAGGGAAAUCAGACUGAGUUUAUGCACACAGAAUUGUCACUCUGACUUUGAAGCCUCAACUGUAGAUCAAAUCUGUCAUGCAACAUCGAUGUAUGUAGCUGGAUGAGUGACUAGUUGCCCUUGUAUGAUAUGCCAUCUAAGGAAAUUGCUAAUCUUUCCCUGCCAUUUCGAGAGACACAGUCAACACAUGAGCAUACACACAACUCCCUGCAAUACAUCCCAGUAGGUACGCCUAGUUUACAACGUAAACUAGUUUGUGAAACAUUUGUCUGUAUACAUUUUAUAUUUUGUACAUUUUUGGGUGUAACAUAUCAUGUAAAUAGGCAGAAUCAGUGAAAGAAAUCACCUGAGAAGUUUUGUAGUCUUUGUAAAGCCCCAACAAUAAGUAUUUGGUGUCAAUGGACCUAACUGGAUGAUGUAUUUUCUAUUGGUUUAUUGUUCCUCUAGCUUGUAAACCAGCUUGCAUAUAUUUUUUUGCAAAUGUGCACCCUGUAUCUGUCUAAAUUAUUACUUUGCCAUUAAAGUGGAAUUAUUUAUUGACAACAAGGUGUGGUGUCUAUGUAUGGGGAAAUUUUGAGUAAUUAUAUGUAGGGACAUGUCAGGCUUUAAAUGCUGCUUGACUGUUAACAUGUCAUCAUUAGGGAUCUGUGUGAAUCUAUAUUUUAUAAGCAUCAUAAGAAGGGCUCCAAAGGUUCAAAGUAAAUAAAUGAACUACAUGCAGUAUAUAUGUAGCUCCUAAAGUGAAAGUUAUUUAUUCAGUGAAUAUUUUUGAAAAUUCUGAGUGGUAUUCAAAUAUGCCUGGAUGACAAAAUACAAAUUAAUAUAAAAAUAAAAUGUCAAUAUUCACUGAGUUAAAUCAA